CGGGGCAGCCGCUCCGCCCAGCCCAGCCGCGGCACCAUGGAGCGCGGCCGGCGCGGUGCCCCGCGGAAGGGCGGCCGGCGGGGCCCUCGCAGCCUCGACACCUUCGCGGAGGAAGCGGCGGCCGCGCUGAAAGCCUGCCUGGAGGGCGAGGGGGCCGCGGAGGGGCCCCCGCCUGAGGCGAAGUUCCCAUGCCCGCUCGCCAUGUGGGAGCUCGGACACUGCGAUCCCAAGAAAUGCACCGGGAGGAAACUGGCCCGAAAAGGGCUGCUCCGACCCCUGCGCCUCCGCCAGCGGUUCCCGGGCCUCGUCCUCAGCCCGCUGGCUACCGAGUACGUCUCUGCAGCCGACAGACAUGUCAUUGCUCAGAGUGGAAUUGCAGUCAUCGAUUGCUCCUGGGCCAAGUUAGAAGAAACUCCAUUUAAGAGAAUGAGAGGAAGCCACCUGCGGCUGCUGCCUUACCUGGUGGCUGCAAAUCCUGUGAACUACGGUCGCCCAUGCAAGCUGUCCUGCGUGGAAGCUUUCGCUGCAGCUUUUUGCAUUGUUGGAUUCCCAGACCUAGCCACCAUUCUUCUAAGGAAAUUUAAAUGGGGUAAGACAUUUAUUGAUUUGAACAAAAAUCUCUUGGAAAAAUAUGCAGCCUGUCAUUGCCAGGAAGAAGUGCUGAGAGUUGAAAGGGAGUUUUUAGCCAAUGUCCAAGAAACAGAAGACGAAAUAGAUCCAUUUGAUGUUGACUCAGGAAGAGAAUUUUCUAAUCCCAACAGACCAAUCAAUUCACCAGGACUAGCACAAAGUAAUGAAGAAUCUGAGGAGGACAGCACAAGCACUCCAGAUGAUGCCACUGAAAGCAGUGAUGAGAGCAGUCCAGAAGAUGAUGGUACUGUUAAGUUGCCGCAACAACAGCCAAUAAAUCAACUAUUUGAAAAGUAAAAAAAAACCCAACAAAAACCCCCUAUAUAUCACAAGAACAUAAAAAAACCCCUCCCAACAAUCCCAAGAAGUUGUAACAUCUUGUAUAAAGAAAUUUUCUUGUGAACAGUUAA